AUGGCUGCCACAGCCGCCGCAGCCCCGAGCGACGCCGAGCCGCUGCUGGCCGCGGGCGAUCCGCACGUCGUGCUGAACAAGGCCGGCGUCAUCGUGCGCGCCGGCGUGAGCAAGUCGUCGGCCCUCGUCGGCGAGGUCGGCCUCGACGGCAUGGUCGCCGUCGACGCCUACGCCAAGGACGAGCGCGGCACCGUGCGGCUCCGGCUGGCGUCGCCGCGGGGCUGGGUCUCCGCGAAGCUGCUGCGGCCCCUGUCCGUCGUCGAGGCCGUCGGCCGGAGCGGCGCGUCGCUCGUCGUGGUCUACGCGGUCAACGCGAAGGUCGGCGCCAAGUGGUACUACGGCUGGCUCCGCGACGUGCUCCUCGCGGACGUCGACGCCGUCUUCGUGCCCGUCGGCGACGACUUCUUCGGCGAGGCCGGCCGGCGGCGCGCGGCGUGGCUCCCGGCGAACGGCGACGACAGAGUCGCGGCGCGCGCGCGGCUGCUCGCGGGCGCGGCGCGGUGCCUCGUCGUCUGGAACGACUUCGAGCACGACCGGUCCGUCGUCGAGCGCUUCGUAGACGCGGCGCCCUGCCCCCUGGCGCUCUUCCACGUGGGCGACGAGCGGACGUCCGACGCGCUCGCCGCCUGGGAGCCGUCGUGGCCCGGGCGGGAAAAGAGUGAUUCCAAGUCCUGGCCCGAGGCCAUCCGCGCGGACUUCGAGGCGCUCGAGCGCGAGGACCCGGCGGCGGCCAAGGCGGCGGACCUGCGGCGGCUCUACGGCAAGUGCGGCUGCGUGCUCCGCUGCUACCGCGACGAGGCCUACGGCGACCUGGGCAACGUGCUCGCGGUCCCGCUCGGGUACAAGACCGGCUUCCGAAAGCCCCCCGGCGGCGCGGCGCGGACGAACGCGUGGGCCUUCGCGGGCCAGGGCACGAAGAGCUCGCGGCGCGCCAUGCUCGGUGCGCUCGGCGCGCUCCCCGGAACGCGGGCGUCCCACGUCUCCGAGGCCCUCGACUGGGACGCGCCGGGCAAUUUGGCGACGGACGCGUACGCGCGGCUUUUGGCGUCCGCGGCGCUCGCGCCGUGCCCCGUGGGCUGGAUCCACCCGGACUCGUUCCGCCUCUACGAGGCCCUCGAGUGCGGCUGCCUCCCCGUCGUCGAGCGGCCGGCCUACUUUGCCGCGCUCCUCGGGGACGACCUCGCGGGCUCGCUCGUCGCGGCGACGGCGGGCUGGGACGCGGCCGACGUUUCGCGCCUCGCGGCGCUCCUCGCCGACGGCGCCGCGCUCGAGGCGCGGCGCGCGCGGUGCGCCGCGGCGUGGGCCGCGAAGAAGGUUUCGCUCGGCCGGGACGUGCGCGCGCACCUCGAUCGUUACCUGUAG